UGACGUCAUUCAUGUCAUAACUCUUGACUAUAGAGGGCGCAAUUUGCAACAUGUGCAAGUUUUUGAGCUUCCUUUUUAUCCCUUUUUUCACACAAAUGAAGGCAAAAUGAAGACGAAAUCUUCUUACCAUAGAAAUACGAACACGUAUAAGUUUCAAACAUUUUCUGAGCGCAUAUCAAAUAUCAACAUCGAUGUAAUCCGUAAAGGAGGACGCACAGAGCAACAGCCUGAGGAUGCAGAUUCCUUCUUUGCUGCUGGCCUGGCCAAAUGGACCGAUCUCAAUUGUACUCAAGAUUUUGGUAAUUUCACCAGCGACAUCUCAGGACAAGUAGACAGUUUUGCUCAGUUAGUGCACCAUGAAGAUGAGAUCAUCACAGCUCUCAAGAAACAUCUCCAGAAGAAAGGAAGCCUGGCUCACCAACCUCUCUUGGACUUACUGGUUCAACUGGCCCGGGACCUACAGACUGACUUCUAUCCACACUUUCCCGACUUCUUUCACAUCAUCGUCUCCUUGCUGAACACUCAAGACACUGAGCUCUUGGAGAAUGCCUUCCGAGCCUUCGGAUACCUCUUCAAGUUCCUCUGGCGAUAUCUUGUCAGAGAUAUCCAUGAUGUCUUUAGGUUGUACUCGCCUCUCUUAGCUGAUAGUCAGAGGGACCACAUUCGCAACUUUGCUGCCGAGAGCUUUGCCUUCCUCAUGCGUAAAGUCAAAGACCAUGAUGCCUUGUUCAAUAUGAUGCUAGCUAGAUUAGAAGAAAACCCUGAUCAAAGCACAGGUUUUGGAAGACUAUUCUUUGAAAUGAUAAAAGGAGUCAAGACACAAUUCCACUCAUGUACUGAAAAGGUCCUCCCUAUCUUGUUGAGUAAACUGGGUCCGAUCCAGGCAUCAGUUGAAUCAACAUGUCAGUUACCAUGGCAACUUGUCUUGGAGACUCUUCAAGCUGCGUUUGAAUUUAUGGCUGAAUGGACGUCUCCUGAACACGCCGGUGUCAUAGGCAGUGUGCUGAAGAGUUGUGUGAGUGCAAUGCACAAACUCUUCACUGCUGAGGCAGACACUGACCGGAAAGUACAAAUCGCUGAUCAACUCGACAGAUUACUAGCACUAACCACUCAGUGGAUAGGACAUCACAGCGGAUAUCUGAUCAAACAACCAGACACAUAUGCAGAAGUCCUUUUGACGUUGCUAGAGGGCAGCAUACUACCCGGCCAGUGUGGUGACACUUUGUUAGAUCUAACAGCAGCUCUACUCAAUGCAAGCCAGUGUGACAUACGCAAUGAUGUCAUUACCCAUCUUGUCAGAUCAGUGUUCAGCAGCCACUACUCACAGCUACAGGUUUUGGGAUUCAGCCUGCAACUUUUCUCCAUGCGCUCAUUUGAAAAGGAUAUAUUGCACCCUUUGCUGCAUUUUUGCCAUACUGGGAUUGGCGGCAAGUCUACCUCAUCAAACCAUGACAUCCUACACACACUGUGUAGUCUGGUGCUCCAUAAGCAGUCCUCAACAACAGAUGGAUCAGUUCUGGAAAGUCAUGAGCCAUACCUCAUGGACUUCAGUUUUGAUGUUUAUAAAAGCCAAUCCAAGAGCAAGAAGAACAAGAAACGAGCGGACAACUUCCCAGAAUAUCUCCUGUCCCUCCUUGAAUUCAGUCCCGAGUUACUGAGACAAGACAACGUAGUAUCAGUGUUGUGGGCUGCCCUCGUGUGUUUGCCUAGCACCAGACCUCUUGACAAGGCGAGAGUUGUUCCCAAACUCAAGAGUCUCAUAACGACAUUGGGGGAUGUUGCUGAAAAUCAGAAAGAUGAGACAGUCAAAGACAUGCUUCUGUAUCUGCUGUCGGUGGCCGUGUGCUCAUUGCUACAGUGUGGCCAGGGGCAACCCAUGCAGUCCUUAGUACAGGAAGACUUUGUGUGGAAUAUUCUGAGAACCAACCCCACAUGUGUACAUGCCCUUCUGAUAGGAGAUCUGUACAUUACCCAGCUACUCAGAGACCAGGAUGGCAGCUUUCUCGCUGCAGAUAAACUGAAGCUCAUUCUCCCAGCUCUACAGCCCAAUCUGUCCUCUCCACACAAGAAGGUUCGGACGUUGACCCUACGGAUAUUAUCCCAGUUCCCAGUCAAACUCCCUACCAUACCAGACCUGCAUACUCGUCAAGUUUGCGUCUUCAAGCUGUGUUUGGAUGCAGAGCUUGUCCCAGCGACUAUUGAAGAUUACAGGGAAAAGCAGAAGCUACUGCAGAGAUUGAGUUAUGAUGCCGUGCAGCCAAACGUACCACUGGGAGAGUAUAAAGAGGUUGCCUUGAGGUAUCUCAUUGGAUCGCUCUACAUAAACUUCCAAUUGCUAUGGCAACCCAUCAUGGAAAUGAUAAAAACCCACGCGUAUGGCAUGGACAAGAAAUGCUUCUGGUCUGUCUACACGGAUCACCUACAGAAGAUGGCAACAUUGCUUGAGUCAUCUUACAGAGAAACGACAACAAACCUCAAUCUGAAUGAUUCCAUGGAAGUUCUAAGCCCAAACUCUGACGAUCUCUCAGCAUUAUUCAGUAGGGUUCAAGCAGAGAGUGUUGCAGAUGCAGAUCGACAAGACCAUUGGAAUGUACGUCAGUUGAUGUGGAAAGCAAUGGCUCAGUUUGCUGAGCGUGCUGAGGGCAGGUCAAGGGAUCUCGUACCACUUGUCUUCAGAUUUAUUGAAAAUGAGUAUCACCCAUCCAAUGUCAACAAUGCUCCAACUCAAGACAUCAGAACAAAGACUGGACUUGACAUGAGCUUACAUCAGACGGAGGAUGUUGAUGAAACUCCAAGACGAAGUCUAAAGAGAGGGAGAAAGAAGAUAGGAAAAGGCUCUGUGUACAGAGCAUUGGUAGCCUAUCUUCAGCUCUUCAGCAAAUUCAAGGAUCCCAAGUCAAUGUAUAAGGAGCCACAGCUACGAAAGCUCUAUUUUGAUUUGCUGUCAAGUAAUUUCCCGGACAUCCAGAAGGUAGUCUUAUCCUGCCUGAUGACCUACAACCAUCCCUACCUGACUCCCUACCGCGACAGUCUAGAAGCACUCAUGGAGGAUAAGAAAUUCCGCGAGACACUCGUCCAGUUCAGCAUCGAUGAAACGACGGGUGUAGUGGCAGACAAUCACAGGGAGGGGCUGUUACCAAUUCUUCUGAGGAUUCUCUAUGGUAAAAUGAUGAGCAAGACAGGACCUGGCACCCAAGGGAAGAGUGGGGGCGCUGUUCGUCGUGCUACCAUUCUACGUUUCAUUGCUGGUUCUUCCUCCAGUGAGAUGAGUGUGUUUCUGGAUCUAGUCUUGGAGCCAUGCCAACUCAUCCUGAAAGGUGACUGUCAUUUGAUGAUGACUGAUUUUCUUGAUUCCUUGCACCCAUCCGCUGUCAUUCCUCUGAAGAAACAACAAAGUAUAUUGGACACCAUCGGAGUAAUCUUCAGUAAGUUGGGUCAUCGGAUCGAACCAUUUGCUUCCAAGAUUCUUCAUCUAGUUAUAACUGUGCUUGCCAGCUACGCACAGUUACUAGACCAGAGAAAUCAGAUCCAAACCUAUGCCAUUGGCCAACUGAAGAAACUGCGUCAGCUAGCCCUCCUGCGAUUGGUUGAAUUCUUUGGGAUCUUUGAGCAGCACCCAUUCUCAGCCAAUGAGAUUGACUGUAUCUUUGAGGCAGCGGUGUGGCCUCAGAUUGACAGCUUAGCCAAUGAGUGCCUUGCGAGUCCCACCCCGUUACUGAAGCUAAUCCUGGUCUGGAGUAAAAAUCCCAGAUUCCAUUCUCUUUUGGCCAAGCAUCACCCCACCAGGCCAAGUUGCACCAUCCUUCCAAGCGUCACUGCUCUCCUGUCUGCAUCAACCGUCUCCGCCUCCGUGGUUGCCAUGGUGAUGGAGAUUGUAGAGCAACUUCUUAUGAAGGAGGAUUCUGGGAUUGAGGAUGGACAAGACGUCGAUGACGACCUCCAGGUCAAUGACCUUAUUGAUGUCAAGAUUGAAGACAGAGAGUUUACAGAGCCACCCAGCUAUGGAACUAAGCUACUCUUCCCGUAUGUACCUGCUGUUCUGCAAUAUCUCAGCUCAUCAGUCAGUCGCUGCACUCAGACGAAAGAAGACAGAAGAAGUCUACCCAUGAAAGACCUCAACAUACUAUCCAAGAUAAGCUUGUACAUCAGUGAUCCUGAGCAGAGUGCAGUGUUGGUUAGUCUACUUCUACCCUUCUUGAGGAGAACAAAUGAAAAACAUGAGACUACUGAGCUGGACAUUCUACAUACAGUCAGAAAUGUGAUCAAGUUAUGUGAGAAUCCUGCGGACUUCUUGGGAACCUUGUCAGCACUGUUCUAUCGUCUGACGUUCCGGCAGUCUCGAGCUGUUCUCUGUGAGGUCUUCGCAGCGAUGGCACAGAGCAACCCGGACCUUGGGGACCUCGCUCGUCUCAUGAAACAGUUGAAUUCUUGGGAUCGGAAACACAUUGAUGAGCCAGAUUAUGCCUAUAGGCUGGCUGGAUUCAAAUUAGCCAAUGAGAGACUUGCUGCUAUGGCAACGGUUGACAUAGCAUUUGUGACUCCAAUUAUAUACAACUGCUUCUACAUGAUCAUGAAGAUUGAAGACAUGUCCAUGCGAGAUAACUCGGCCCAUUUCCUGAAGGCACUUCUACAGAAGUUAUCAUCCGAGGAACUAAACACUGAACAUUUCAAUGGCAUUGUCAUCCACAAAUAUGCUCCAGCAAUCAGGGAUGCAUUGAGAUUAAAGUCAGAGAACGCCAGACAUGAGAUGAUUUGUCUUCUCUCAGACAUUGUCCAGCUGUUCCCAGAUCAUCCUCAGUUCCAAUGUAUGAGAAUCCUGCAGGAUACGGACAUAGAAAAAGAUUUCUUUGAGAACAUCAGACACAUACAGCAUCAUCGAAGGAUGCGAGCCCUCCGUCGUCUAGCACUCCAUGCCAGACAGGGUGAUCUCACCUACAGCGCCCUCUAUCAGUUCCUGUUACCCAUGGCAACAGCUCUCAUCUUUGACCAGACGAUAGCUGCCAAGAACCCCAACCUUGUCAUUGAGGCCAUUGGUGCUGUGGGAGCCGUUGCUGGGCAGUUACCAUGGCGAUGGUACUACCUGAUACUACAGCAGUACUUGCGGCUUGUCAUGCGAAGCAUAGAUCAACAGAAAACGGCUGUGAGGUUAGUUGUUGCUGUCUUGGAUGGAUUUCAUUUUGAUCUAUCGCUCUCUGAAGGAGUAGAGUCCGUACAGGUUGGCAAAACGUCUGCCAAACCUAGUCAAGAUUCAUCUGAAGAUCGUGGAGGUGACAAUGAUAAAUCAACUGAUGCAAAAAGUAACAAUGAAGGUGAAAAUAAAGAAGUCGUCAAUGAGAAAGAUGUAGAUGAGGACGACGAUGAAGGUGAUGAUGAAGAAAAUGAAGACACAGCAGAGCUGGAUUCACAUGAAGAUGCAGACAAACUCAAGAAUAAUGUUGCCUUGGCAACCAAGAUCCAUCGCAUCAUUGUUGCCAGCAUCCUACCAAAGCUACACAAGACACUCACGAACAAGGUUAAGAGCGAAGAACACCACAAGAAAGCUCGCUACAGCAUCGCUGAUGAUGAAGAAAUCCUCCGUGUUCCCAUCGCCUUAGCUAUGGUCAAACUCCUACAAGCCUUACCCAAGAAAACUCUGCACCGUAGCCUGCCUGGAGUCCUAGUCAAGGUGUGUCAGAUGCUGAAGAGUCGAGCUAAAGACGUCAGAGAUGUUAGCAGAGACACUCUGGUGAAGAUCCUUGCAUCACUGGGGGUGAAAUACUUCCCUUUUAUCCUGAAGGAGCUGUGUCAUGCCUUGACAAGGGGAUAUCAGCUCCACGUUCUGAGUUUCACCCUACACGCUCUCCUACACAGCGCCUUACCAACACUCAAACCAGGAGAUCUUGACACCAGCAUUCACUCAAUGAUUGAGGUGAUCAACAAGGAGCUAUUUGGCGAAGUAGCUGAUGAGAAGGAAGUAGAAGGCAUUGUGGGUAAACUGGUAGAGGCUCGCAGCAUCAAGGGAUAUGACUCCUAUGAGAUGAUAGCUAAGGUCAUAGGUCAGAGUUCACUGACACAGCUUUUAAUCCCACUCAAAGAGAUUCUUGAAGUAAGCCACAAGCACAAGGUUGUGCGUAAGGCUACGGAUGUCCUGAAGCAUGUGACUAUGGGCCUGAUAGCCAAUCCAGGCAUUACUGUGGAUGCUAUGUUGAUCUAUAUUCACGGACUGGCAACGGAGACCAUUCCAUUCCUCAACCCCAGUGACAGUGACAAGGCCAAGACCAAACCACCGGACCCCCAGGCUGGCCCAGAAAGCUGUUAUCUCCUCCCACCAACCCCUAAGAAGGGCGGAGUCGCACCCAAAGUCAGCAAAAAGACCAACAUGCACCUCAUUGUUGAGUUUGGAUUGCAGUUGUUGCACAUGAAUCUGAAGCGAUCCAAGCUGUCUCCAUCUAACCAGCAACACCUUCAGAUGUUGGAUCCAUUUAUUCCCAUCCUCAUGGACUCACUCACUUCCAAAUAUACCAAGGUGACAGUAGUGGCCCUCCGUUGCAUCACAUGGAUGCUACGAUACCCUCUGCCCUCCAUCAGCAAAAGUGCAUUCAGAUUGACGAAGAUACUCUUCAAAAUCCUGCACACCCACGCGAUGGCGGGAGCAGCAAAAGGAGCUAACUUUGACAUCGUCGUCAGCUGUUUCAAGGCUGUCACAGUGCUAGUCCGUGAUGUGAAGCAACACAUGAUCGAUGAGAAACAACUACAGGUUCUACUGACCUAUGCAGAGGAAGACAUGCAUGAUCACACCAGACAAGCCACGGCAUUUGGUCUACUCAAGGCUAUUCUGUCGAGGAAGUUGAUUGUACCCGAGAUGCACGAUGUGAUGAAGAAGGUUGCUCAGCUAUCGAUUACAUCAGAGAGUCCUUCAGUCAGAUUACAAUGCAGACAGGUUGUACUGAAUUUCCUUCUGGACUACCCUCUUGGGAACAAACUGAAGCGCCACCUAGAGUUCUAUGUCAGACAGUUGAACUUUGACCUUGAGACUGGCCGUGAAUCCUCGCUGGAGAUGCUGGCCACUAUCUUCUCAUCAUUCCCACAGAAAACAUUGGAGACAUAUGCUGGAAUGUUUUUUAUUCCCAUGGCAACCAGACUUGUCAAUGAUGAAUCAGCUAAAUGUCGCAAGAUCACUGCAUUGGCCAUCAAGUCAUUGCUACAGAAGCUACGGGUGGAGAAGAGAGAUGAACUCUUCACCAUGGCAACCCACUGGCUCCAUGACGACAAUCCAGCCCAUCAGCGUCUUGCCUCACAGCUUUGUGGCAUCUUUGUCGAUGCCGAGGAGGCAGGUUUCCAGCGACGGUUGGAUGACAUACUUCCUCAGAUACAGGAGCAUAUCACACCAGAUGGGUUGCUGAAGGAUGGCAUGUCUGCGAUGGAGACAGAUGAUACAUCUAUGGAGGAGAGACAUACAGAUCACAUGUUGUUCAACUUGCUAUCAACGUUAGCCAAGAUGAUUAAACACUGUUCAAUCAUCGGCAACAAGGCGUACACAAACACCCUGAAUGCAAUCUGGGAUUCCAUCCAAUCUCAUCUUCUCCAUCCGCACUCCUGGGUGCGUCUGGUUUCGGCCCAGCUCUUUGGAGACCUGUUUGCUUCUAAACAACCAGACAUCAUUGCCGGAACCAUGCUGACAGCUGCGUCUGGUACCUGGACUACCAACACCUCGGCCAAUGAGAAUCGGAUGGGGAAGAAGACAAAAUGCAAGAGGAAGGCUGAUAAAGAAAGGGGCGGAGUCACAGGUAAAAUGGAGGCGGUGGAGUAUCCAUUGAACCAUGGACAGGAAAUCGUCAGGGAGUUAGUCUUUACAUUUUGCAAGCAGCUUCAGUCGGCCUUGCUGAACAAAGAUCUUGGAGAUCAGGUUGUGAGAAAUCUUGUGUUCCUUGGAAAAGUCAUCCUCCGUUUGUAUCCGGAUAAAACUGAGAUUUACCAAACGGAGGAGAGAUCGGACAGUGAAGAUGAAAACGAUGAUGAAAAUGAUGAAAGGACUCCCAAGCUCUCUGCAGAGCAGAAUACCACCACCACGGACAAACAAGGACUUGGACGUCGGACUCAGAGCCCCGCUGACUUGACUUGGUUCUUGAGGAGGAUGUGUCGCAUCGCUGCCUCAGAGGCAGCCAAGACACCCAAACAGACCCUGAGACGGACUUGUGUUGUCAAGUGGCUUGCUGCCAUGGCAAUGGAUGUAGGAGGAGACAGAUUGCCCAGUUAUCUGAAGCUAAUGAUGAAGCCGAUGUGUCGGGAGAUCGGCGAUCAAAAGUCACACGCAGACAACGAUCUUCGUCAGCUUUGUCAGGAAGCAUUGGAUCUCAUCAAGGGCCUUGUGGGAUUGGAGACAUUCUCUCAUGCUUAUGCUGACGUCCAAAGGGUCAUCACACAGACCAGAAUCCAACGCAAACAACAGAGGGCGCUACAGGCUGUUGCUGAUCCAGUCCAAGCAGCAAAACGUAAAGAGAAGAAGCAUCAGAACAAGAAGGAAGCCAAGAAGAGACGACUACAGCAGCUAAGACCCACGUACCAUAUUGUCAAAAAGGCGAAACUCUCAGAUGGAACCUAGAUGCCAUUGUCAUGGUACGUUUUGAAUUGUGCUAACCAGUUGAUUAUUGUUUCUUUUUUGACAUCACUAAAUUAAGCAAAUUAUUUCUCAAUAGGAAAUGGUUUUGUUUUUUAACUACUACCUUUCUAGCGAUGCAAAAAGUUAUUCUUUUUUGUUUUUGAAUGAUGCAUUGAUUGAAAAUCAACCCAUGUGUGAUUAUGGAAUAAUUACUGUAUAAAUUUUCUGUCCAGGAAAUGUGUAGGAAUGUGUUUAAGGGAACCUUGGGCAUCUUUUGUGUAAUUUUUGAGCAACUUUAUUUUUUGGCCAAAAUUGAAAAAAAAACCAAGGGGUUAGCCUUACAUUUUUACCGAAAUUUGGCCAAAAAUUGACUUUUCUGCAAACGACUCAGAAAUACCUGUUGAUGCACCAGGAGCACAUUUCAGUAUUCAAACGUCGAGAAUUUUGAGAAAUUGGGCAAAAAUAAUCAAGUUUUUGGUCAAAAA